AUGCGACCCAUCGAUGUUACCUCCGCGAUCGCCGACAAGCUCCUAACAACGGUGUACAGCCACGUAAAGAUCGCUGCUCCCGCGCGAUUCAAAGUGGGCGAUUCGGUACGCGUGAGUAAAUUCAAGACAAUCUUCGAGAAAGGAUACACGCCAAAUUGGACCACGGAGGUGUUUAGAAUCGCCAAAGUGCAGAAAACUAAUCCUGUGACGUAUCUGUUGGAAGAUUCCUGCGGAAAACCCGUCGCCGGCGGCUUCUAUGAAUACGAGUUACAUCGCGUUGCUAAUCCCGACGUGUAUCUCGUUGAAAAAGUUUUGCGCAAAAGAGGGGAUGAGAUUUAUGUAAAGUGGUUAGGAUUUGAUAAUUCACACAAUUCAUGA